AUUCGAAGUCACAUAAGUUUGCCAAUUUUCAAAGGGCGCAAGGCUACUGGUAAAGACAAAACAAAAAAACUAGUUGAGAAUGUGUUCACGACUUAUCUUGAAGAUCGUAGGGAACAAAGAGAGACAACUUACAUCUACCGAACCUCGAUUCAUUCGUUAUAUGAAGAUACAACAAUACAGUGUCCCACGGCGCUGCCUCCGAUCCAGGUAACAAGAAAUAAGCAAUUACAUAUUCUUACAAUAUUUGUGAGUGUAUCUUUAGACACAGGAUUCCUAGCUUCUGCCGUUAAACAUUUGUGAGUGGUAUUAUCAUUUAAUGCACGCAAGGCUAUCGCACAAUACCUGACAAUACCAAAAUGAUUAACAAGGUAGCGACGGCCAUUUCAACAAUUUACAACGAAAUGACUGCGUGUGGAGUUUAGCUGAGUUUUGAGGUCGUUCGAGUUCAUAAGUUAAGCUUAAUAAUUAUUAUUUAUACCGGCCGGUUGGGGUACAAAUGAUACAGGACGAACUGGAACUUAAAUGUCGCAGUUUUGUAUUAGAAAUUACCGUAGUUCAGGAGCUAGUUUCAUUUAAUAUAACAUCAAUUCAGUUUGGGGUUCUUCAACUCCAACAAAAGCUGUUUAAAACUUUUCCCAAGACUUAAGAUAGAAGUUUUGUUCAAAAGUUAAUCAGCAAGCUUUUCAAAUUAUUUGGCAUCAUAUUUAUUCAUGCUCAAUAGGCCAUUUUUUAUCAUUGCAGAAAUUAUGAAGCAUUGAUGAGUUUGCAGGAGAUACACGCCCAGGAAGACAUAUGCCUCUUUCAACUGAAAUCCAACCCUCUCACCCAUGAGUGGUGGAAGUGGGUUUAAGCAAGAAAUUUAAAGCCCUAUUUGAUGAUACACUAACCUUAGGGAGCAGGUGGUUAAAUUAACUAUAACUUUAAUUCUCACAACAAACAGUUUUUCCAGUUUUAAAGUUGCUGUUUGCCUACAUGUAAGCCAGUCAGAGACCGAAAUGUUUUUCAACUGUUUCUUAGAAGAUUAUGACCUAUCACUCUUUUUUCUUAAUCGCCCAAGCAAAACAAAUGACAGGAUGGCACAUUCAUCAUUGUUUAGCUGCACCUUUUCAGUGUGCAAAGAAAGUGGUGUCUGAUUGGUGAAUUCUGUUUUUAACUUGCUCGAUGGGCAACUGAUGUUUUUUGAGGAAUUUGAAUAACAGAAGAACUGUGAAAUCAAUUCUGCAUGUCAAAAAUCUUUUGGGGCUAGUUCAAAUGACGUCUGAGCUAGUAAAUGCUAGCUUCAGCUCGCCCGAAUGGCAAGCUGUAAAAAUGAUUUUCUUUGCACCCUGCUUUUUACAAAUAAAUUAAAGGAAAUUUUUUGUAUUCAACUGGUACACAAAGCAACAUUGACACAUGCCAUUUCUAAGCACUAAGAAUAAAAGCAAAAGAAGCUUUGGCAAGUGUAGCGUCUUUUCAUUUCCCAUUCAUCAAAUAAAUUAUCAUGUAUUAACAGCAUUACCCAGUAUAAUAUGUGAUGUAUGAGGGUUCCCAGUCCCCCGCAGCAUUUUUAAAGAUCUCAUAACAGAACUCGCUGCGUAUUAACCGCUCAAGAAGGCGGAGGUGUCAUGAAGGGACCACCUUCACUCGUGUCGCUGGGCUAAAAACAAAAAGGCUACCUUGUAUUAAUAAUAAUAAUAAUAAUAAACUUUAUUUUAAAAACAUAACAGUUAACCCUGAUAAGUCUAUGGCCAUCUAUAAUAAAUUGCAGACUUUUUCUGUGACAGGAAAGGAGAAUAAAAUUGUUGUUACUAGGCUAAGUACAGUUUACUAUUGGAAUAAAAAGUUACAAUGACUAUAUGCAACAAAGAUUAAAACUAUGAUAAAUGGCUAUAUGUGAUUAACAUUAUUAAAGUCUAUUUAAAAGGGACUGAACACCCCCUUUUUUGUUAUAUCUACUGGAAUACCAUUCCGUAGGCUAUGCAUGCUCCAUCUGUCUCCUGUUUGUAUAGUUAACACACAAGAUUAUGUGGGUCCUUUGUCUAUUUUGUAUGCAGAUCUGCUUUUGUUGUGAGGAUGGCCAUCAAUGUAUGAGUUAUCCCCAUUGCUUCUCUGGUAUAUAUUACAACAAUGUUGUUGGUAUGUUGUCAGUAUGUUUUUAGUAAUAAAUAGUUUGAACAGUCUUUUCAACAUUGCUUCUUUCUAACGUCUGCAUCGGUUGCUAUUCAGUUGAUGUUUUCAGAUGGUCAGCAGCAAGAAACUCAGCUCUAAUAUCAUGUUAUUGAUUUAAUCCUUAAGUUAGAGAACAGCUCCCAUUAUUUGAGCGGUAGUAAUGCUGUAAAAUAUUUCAAUUUUGCAAAGGUAUCUUUCUGCUGAUUAAAAGACAUCAACAUGCUUUUCAAUGAUGUUGUGAUGCAAUGGGAACAGGACAGAGACAGUAUUUGAGAUACUGAUAACCAUUUUGCUUUUGAAGGAUGAUAACAUUCUUGUACGACUUGGUGAUGUUCUCUCUAUAAAGUGCUCUCCAGAGUAAUGGGAGAAGCCAGAGAUGAUUACUCACUUAAACCUGUGCCAUUAUCAUAAAACUCAACAGUUGACUUGUCAGUUGCAUAGGGUUGAAGAUCGUUUUGUAAAUCCACGAACAAUACCACUCCAAGACCGAACCUUACGAAAUGCCAUUGAUAAUGACUUGGAAAGUGACAAUGAUCAAUUAAACUGAUUUCCAGCAAGGAAAGAUUAAUUUAUCCAUGUUGAAUUCACACAACAAAGCUGGUAUGUUAUUCAAGACAUACUGGAAUUGCAGAAUAUGAAGAAGAUCAUCACAGUUAUAGAUGCAAGUUUUUCACUGUACCUAACCAUUCAUAUAGUCAUUCUCCAAUUUCUACAGCAUCUGGUCAAUUUGCCUGACAAUUUCAGUUUUGGUUGUGGGUGUCUUGGGGAAAGACCAAUGCAGUUUAUAAUGGAGGUUUUGAUUUUCAGUAUGUAUAUGCUCCUCGAAUAAUUUUGAAUCUGUCGUAAACACGGAAAAUCUGUUGGCUAGCUUCCAAGCUGAUGAUUAACAGAACUGUUAUAGUAGCAUACAUACUUGAUUAAUCUUGGUAAUGAUGACGACGUACCUGGAGCACCAGCCUCUUUUGCAGUAAUACCAUUGGCACCGGUCACUUUGAACAAAGGCAUAGACUUCACUUUAUAUUGAAGCUGUUUACAUGGGGAUAAGCAGUUAAGGUUUAAUAUUUAUCUGACAGUUGUUCCUGGAAUCAGCAGUCGAGGACAAUGAAUGUGAAAUAUUGUUUAUGGAAUCUAUUCAGCAGUUCAGCACAGUCUAUCCAGAAGCUCAUGUGUGGUUGUUGAAGAAAUAG